UUGCAGAUUCUUUUUGAAAUUCUUUUUGAAGUGCAACCAGAAUUGUUUGAAGAAUGCAGGAAAUCCACGGGACAUGCGUCGAUUUCAGGUGGUCAUUGCAACAACGCCAAAUGUUGACGGUCAUGUUUUGUCGGUUUCUGAUAACAUGUUCGUACACAACAACUCAAAGCAUGGCAGAAGAGCUCGUCGAUUGGAUCCCUCGGAAGGAGCAACUCCUUGUAUCAAGGCUAUCAGCCCAAGCGAAGGCUGGACCAAUGGUGGCGCCACUGUUAUAAUUGUUGGUGAUAACUUCUUUGACGGGCUUCAGGUUGUGUUUGGGACAAUGAUUGUUUGGAGUGAGUUAAUCACAUCACAUGCUAUCCGUGUCCAAACACCACCUCGCCACAUACCAGGCGUUGUGGAAGUAACACUUUCGUACAAAUCUAAGCAGUUCUGCAAGGGUGCGCCAGGCAGGUUCGUGUACGUCUCGCUGACAGAUCCAACCAUUGAUUACGGGUUUCAGAGGCUUAGCAAGUUAGUACCGCGUCAUCCUGGUGAUCCAGAAAGACUUCCAAAGGAAAUUAUCCUCAAGAGGGCGGCAGACCUGGCUGAAGCGAUUUACAGUAGUAUGCCACGGAAUCAACUGCCGGGACUAGGCACUCCACGAUCUCCCGCCAUCAAUAAUACUCCUGUUUCCGGCAGUUUGAUGCCAGUCAACCAUCCUUUCAGUAGCCAGCUGUCAGUGUCCGAUCACCAUGAAAGUAGCGAGCAAUCAGGAUUUUCAAGAGUUCAACCUACAACCCUCUCACCUAGAGGCUAUCCAUCCGGUCUCUCAACUCACUCCAAUGGCAGCUCCGGCUCUUACUCCUCUUCAGCUAUGAAUGGUUAUGGACCAACUAAUGGGCUAUCCAAUAUGGGAGUGCCAUCAUCACCUGGGAUCUUCAACGGCGCACCAACAGUAAUUCCUUCCUCACCGACUGCGCCCCAAACCCCUAGCAGUUCGGGCGAAAAUCAGGGCACACACGCAACCACUCCGGGGAUUUUCUCGUUUUCGCCCGCCAACAUGAUCACGGCUGUUAAACAGAAGAGUGCUUUUGCACCAGUUGUUCGUUGUCCGUCCAGCCCGUCUAAUGUUGGUAUUAAUCAAGGGAAAUCCUGGUCUUGGUCCUGGUGAUGUCUUACGAUAGGAUUCAAAAGGAAUAGUGCUAUGAUGUCACCGCCCUCGUUCUGUGGCGUCGGAGGACCGUUUGCUCUACCCACCUGCAGUGCAUCAUAUAGCAGUCAUAUCGAUAGCCCACCAAAAUAGUUGGCUAAUUCGGAGAAAAUAAAAAUAAAAUUAAUUAUAAAAAAGGAAGAAACAUUGCAUUACAUCCAGAAACACACAAAAAAAAGAGGAGAAAUUGGUUGUUGGUUAGUGUUGACUGGAUGGCCAGUGGUGCUGUUCUACUCAUGUGCAACAAAGUGAGUGACGCGGCUGAAGUGAACAAAUUCUGAAAUACUGAUCAAAUAUUGUACAGAACUGAUAAAAAGUCUUCUUAAAAAGAAUGAGAACUACCUGAUUCUUUCUGAAAUAUAUAUGUUGAGAAUCAGAAAGUGGAUUGGCUACAGAUGAUGUUUGUAGUGCUAUAACUGAGGACUUCAUGGUAGAACUUACUUAAGAGUCUAUCCAAAGUCCUGAGAGGACCACAAGAUUCCGGGGAAGGGUGAGUGGGGAGGAUUUAGCAGUGAGAUUUCAAAACAAUUUUUUGUAUUCAUAUAUUGUAAUCUGGACAUAAAGAGAAUUAUUGAACAAGUUUAGAAUUAAGUUAUUAAAGAGUAGAGAACAAUUUUAUACAGGUUAGUGACAAUUUGAACAAUGAGCAUGUUAAACAAGAUUUCACCAAAUUUAAGCGGGAAGCAUGAACAAAAAGGGGCACAAUUUGCUGCAUUUAAAGUAAUAGUGAGAAUUAAAUCACAUUUUAAAAAAUGGUUUUCUGGUCAAUUCCAUAGUGUAUGAAGAAGUGUGUGAGUGAACAUUUGACAGUAUGCCAAAGUAUUAAUGAUUUUACACAAUGAAAGAUGUUGUAACCCAGCAAAGCUUAAAGCAACAUGAUUAACAUAUCCCAUUGUAUUUUAUACAAACAUUAAAAUAGUUUCUAAGAGUAGUGUGUAUUUGAAUAUAUUUGGUGUAUUAGUAUGGUAAUUUAAGAAUAUUUAGUUAUAGACCAAUAAUAGAAGUCUUAUUAUAAUUAUUAUUAUUAUUUUGUUAUUAUUUAACAUCAUGUAUUCAUAUUCCAAUAUCAUAUUAAGCUGAAGACCAUGUUUUAAUCAACACUUAAAAUUUAUGAAAUUGUAAAAAUGAACAUUUCCAAUAAUGCAGAAAUCCAGAUAUGGAAUUGACAAUUCCAAUUAAAAAUUAUAACUGAACUAUUAGUUGAUUUAACAGAUGUAUAUUUUUGAAAAAAUGAUUACAUUAAUGUUAAUGAAACAAAUACAUUACAGAAGAUUCAGACACAAAAUAUUAAUAGUCAAUGUACAUUAACUUUGUAAUUACUCGGUUGCUGAAGUAGUAGAUGAAUAUAUUUUUAACACAUUGACUUUCAACUACGAGUACAAUUGUGUAACAUGGUGUAACAACCUUGUUAAAGGAUGUAAUGAUCAUGACACAGGUGUAACAAUGAUGUUACAGGGUGUAAAAAAGUUGUUACAGGGUGUAACUUUGGAUGCCACUUCAAGUGUUCUUGUAGACAAAGUCCUUUGUGUAUUUGAAUGAAUAUGUUGGUGUCUCAGUCAAGAGAUGAAAAAAAAGGAUAGUUGUUCUGUUUUUCUUUAUAACAUUUGCACAAAACUCUACAAGGUAACUUUUAGCUGGCGUUGCGUAUAUUACAAACGUGCACCUUCGUCGUGGAAGCCAAUGUGAUAAACAUGAUGCAACUACUCCAUUCCUCUUCAAUAUUCUGGGUAUUUUCUUUCCUUAUUUAAUUCCUCUUGCGUUCUCGGUACGUGAAGAGAUAACACAUUUAUGAUGUUUCAAAUCUGCAUGUUGGAAGAUGAUGAAGACCUGACUGUAAAUAUUUGGCUUGAAAAAAUGAAUUGAAAAAAUAACAUAAAUUUCAUUGUCGUGUUUGCCUUUAUUUUUGUAAAAUGCUUUCCAAUAUCUAUGUAUUCAUGAGGACAAUAUAUAAAUUUAUUUUAUUUGAGUACUUUUUAGAUGGAUGUAAAAAAUAAACACUUAUUCUUUUUUUUUCAUGACUAUCUUUAACCUUCCAUUCGUGAAGUUUCCAUUUAAUGAAAGCAAUUUUGAAGACAAUCAGAGAAUUAGUGACCAAAUCAAAUUUUUAAUUAUUUAAUUUAAAUUCUAAACAUUAUCAUCAAGGUUUAGGAUAAUGCUGCUAAACUUUAGCAUGUUAAAAAAAAAAAAUGUUUGUGGCAAAAAAAUCGAAGUUGCCAGAUUUGAAGUCGUACCAAUUAGAUUUUUCAAAAGAUUGGUGACAAUUGAGUUAAUAUUGAAGUUGAUUAGUACACCUGAGAAUAAUAUUAUGAUAAAAAUUUCAUAUGCUAAUUAUAGUUUUGCUUAUUUGUUCAUUUACUUCAUCAUAAUCUCUUUCAUUUUGAAGUUUGCAUUACAGUAUUUAUAUUGAUGUUGUUUAAUUAUUCUCUUUUUCCAGAGUAUAUAUGUAAAUAUUGUUGGUGUUAUAAAUACCAAGAACCGAUCUGAGUGUGCAAAUUUUUAGAUUACUUUAGCUAACAAAAUGGAUCAGUUAUGGUUUUUGUUUUAUUACAACCUACUACACAGAUUAUUAUGUAUUUUUUCAAACUCAAAUUUAUAUACUGUAAUUCUGUUGUUUCAUUCAGUUUGUUGUGCACUACUUUCUAUGUUAAUCAACUUCAAGUUUGAAGUAUCCAUUGCUUCCAUUUAUGAAAGUUAAAUUUUAAAGUGGGACCAUUUUAUGAAAUUUCCAAAGUCAUUGGCAAUUGGUUUUAAUAGUUUUCUGGAAAAUGUUAUGUCCUCACUUUGUAUUAAUUACAUUGACUGGAGAUAUUUAAAUAUGAUGCAAUGAUGAACAUUUCCUGAUGUCUUCCACAUCAUCUGUAGAAGGCAUUGCAUAAACAAGACAUAAUGAGAACUACCCUGUUUUAAACUUGAGUUGUUAUGGAAUUGAACACAAUUAUUCUCCGACCAAACAAUUUGAUAGAUACAAAUUUGGAUAUGUUGUAAAUAUAACUUGAAGAUAUUGAUGAUUCUGUCAUCACUCUUUAUCUAUAUGUACCUUUUUUAAGGAUCGUCAGGGAGAAAACCAUUUUGAAAUAAUAUGGUUUAAAUGUACAGUAUGUUUCAAUUUAAAGAUACUGACCUUUUUUGUGUGAUGUAUCAAAUUGCACGUUACUUUUGCAGUAGUGCAUCCCAGCAUAAUACUAUUUUGUUGGUUUCUAUAAUUCAAAUAAGAAAAAUGCACAAAGUAAUGUUAGAAUGUUUCAUUAAGGGAAUAUAUUAAUAUCAACAACUUCAUUUUUAGAAUAGAUUAUAUGAGCUAUAAUUAUGCAUAUCCGAUUUCAUAUAGUUUUUUUUCUAAAGUCUUGUAUCAUAUUUGCCCUUAAUGUUCAUGUUUUAUUGUAUUUUAAGUAGUUUAACAUAUUGUAUGAUAAUGUUUAUGUUCAAUUAUAGGUACGGAACGAAAUGAAAGGUUGUAUGGGGAAAAUGACAGGGGUACAAAAGAAACAAGAGGGGUUAGGGAAGAACAAGGAGUGAGGGAAGGAAAAACAGGGUAUAAUUAUUAUCUGUUUCCAAAGGUUUUAUUUAAAAUAUACUUUGUGAAAUGUGAUUAGUGAUGAUUUUAAAUUAUUAAUGACCUUAUCUGCCUUGUUAUCAACAAGAAUUUCCAAUAAUUCUGUGUACAUUAUGUGGAGAAAUUAUAUAUAAACACAUAUGUACCAUAUUGGAAUAUAAAAAUUGAAUUUAGGUAAAGAAAUGUUUAAAUUUUUAUUAAAACGUACAGGGUAAUAAAAUUGGAUUGGCAUUAUUAUGUUCUAAAUGGAAAGAAAUUAGAGCAAUUGCUAUUUCUAAACAGAAAAUAUGACCAACUUUGAAGGUAAACUUUACCAACAUAUGUACUUAUAUCCAGAAGAACUUGUACUUAUAAAAUGACUAUUUACUUAAUGUUUUAAGUUUAUAUUGAAGUGUGGCAAGUGCUCUGUAUAAAUCUUCAAAUAUUUCUGUUGUUGAGACGUUAUAAAAUAUAUGUGUUUAGUCUGUUAUGUUUCUUUUGUUAGCCGUGUAAAUAGUUGCGCUGUGCUGCAGUUAUGUUUGUCAUUCUGUUUAUUUUUUUUCUCAUGUAUGCUUGUCUUCGUUGUUUACAUCUGAAUAAAAUAUUAUGAAAUGUUAUACAUCA